CAAGUGCAAUCAUCUCUCCCGUUCGAUCCAGCUCCAGAGAUUCCAAGCGGAUCACAAGUGCAACUUGGCUUGCAAACUUGACCCUUUAACGAAAAAAAAAAAGAUCAACCACUCACGAACAAACAUUCUCGCAACGCUCUUAGAACCUACAGCUCGCCCCUUGACCAAAACAUAUACCACCCGUCUCUUGGUGUUUCUUGUACCAACUUGGCGAUCUUGUGCCUUGCUGUCGAAGAUACUCCUUUGUCCCGGUAAAAUUCUUGUCGUGAAAUCCCUUGAAUCGCAUCGUUCCCAGACUUGACAUCGUUCUCGAGCGGAGCCAACUCACAUACUCUUCAACCCGGUUCUUCAUUCCAUGCUGUUUCGACUAACCGGUACCUCAACUCACGACAAUUUGCUCUACAGCCUCAUCAAAUCCAAUCCGCUGCAUUCUUGAAAAAAAACACCCGCCUUUUCUCUAUCUUUCGUUUUCUCAUUUUCAAUCUUCUCCAUCAUGCGCUCCCAACUACUUCCUCUUCGUUCUCAACUUAAGUUGGCCUUCUUUAGGCCUACCUGUCGUUCGUUUGCUACUACCAAAGAUAAUAUCCCACUGAAGCCCUGUGUCGACUCGGACAACUGCGCCUUUCAGGAGCCAUCAACCGAUGGCAGACCGGCUUCGCUGCAUUUCAAAUCCGGACAUGUCUUUACUGGUCGGUCGUUUGGAGCUCCCGUUUCGACCUUUGGUGAAGCCGUCUUCACUACCUCCACCACUAGUUAUCCUGAGUCCAUGACAGACCCGUCCUACCGCUCUCAAAUCUUGGUGUUCACAACACCCAUGAUCGGCAACUAUGGAAUACCUCCUAACAUCCUCGCCACCUCGCCUACUCCUGUUCCUUCGUCACCAGACCUUUUCCUUGAAUCCGAGCGAGUUCAAUGCUCAGGCGUCGUUGUUGCUGAGCUGGCCGACCGUUUUUCACAUUAUCAAGCCAUGGAAUCCAUCAGUAACUGGUGUCAUCGCUUCGGUGUACCUGGUAUCACCGGUGUGGACACUCGUGCCAUCACCUCACUUCUCAGACAACAAGGUAGUACGUUGGCCAAAAUUGCCGUUGGUGAUGGACAUCAAACUCCUGUCACACCAGAACAGUACUGGGACCCCAGUGGGAUCAAUCUGGUGGCCGAGGCUUCCACUAAAACACCUUACACCCUCAACCCUACCAGUCCUAUCUCGAUCGCCAUGCUUGACUUUGGUGCCAAAGCCAAUAUUGCCCGUUCCCUCGUCAAACAUGGUGCGGCGGUGACCGUCCUCCCUUGGGAUACCCCCGCUUCAUCAAUCAUCGGCAAGUACCAUGGCCUCUUUUUGAGCAAUGGUCCCGGUGACCCCAAGCACGCCGUCGCAGCUGUGGAAACCGUCCGGACAGUUAUGAAUGAUGCGCCCAACAUGCCGAUCUUCGGCAUUUGCAUGGGUCAUCAAAUUAUCGGUCUUGCUGCCGGUCUGGAAACGUAUCGCAUGCGUUUCGGUAACAGAGGUCACAAUCAACCCGUCCUGGCACUAGCAAACUCUGGCUCGAUUCAAGCCGGCAGGGUUUUCAUUACCUCUCAGAAUCACCAAUAUGCCAUCGAGUUGAAGGAUCCCUUUCCGCAAGGAUGGGAACCCUUCUUCAUCAACUGCAACGAUUCUUCGGUCGAGGGAAUCAAAUCUACUGAAGGGAGCGGCCGCAAAGUAUGGGGUGUUCAAUUCCAUCCCGAAGCAGCUGGUGGUCCACUGGACGUGAUGGAGAUGUUUAAAGACUUUGUUACGCAAUGUUCUACGACUUCCGUCCCUCUUUCAUCCUAAAUGGAUCUUCUUCGCCAUUUUCAAUUCCCGCCAAAAAAAAAUAAGAAUCAGUACAGCAGCGUUUUUUCAGUAAUGAUUCUACUAGUGUGUUCAACCUUUACCAUCGCAUUUUUGUCUGACUCCCUAGGAGCUUUUUCCUCCAUCAUCUACAUGCAUCAAGCCCAAUGGAUUUCUCUUGCUCAGAACAUAUAUGACAAUAUACCCAUAUCACCCAACUGCAUUGUCUGAGCUUGCCAGAGACUGAAGGUCUUACUUGGUUGCAUAUCUUUUGCCAAGAACAAGUUUUGGUCCGUCCAAGCAGCCUGA